AUGCAUCCAGUGGUUAUCAGUUGCCUCGGGAUAUUGGUGAGCUUCCUGCAAAUCGAUGGGUUCAAAGCGUGUCCCCGCCGUUGCUCCUGUUACGACUCCUCGCAUCUGGUGGACUGCAAAGGGCGUUCUCUGAGCCACAUUCCCGGGGACAUCCCCCACAGCACCUGGAUGUUGGAUUUCGGGGCCAACAGCUUGCGGGAGGUCCCCAGCAGUGCUUUCAGCGGCCACUGGGGACUCCGGAUCCUCCUGCUGCCUCACAACCGAAUCGAGAGCAUCCACCAGGAAGCCUUUGAAUCUCUGUCCUUUCUGGAAAUGUUGGAUCUGAACGCGAACCACAUACAGCACUUGCCUGGGGACUUCUCGGACAGCUUACAGCGUCUGCUGGAAUUGCGCCUGUCCAAUAACUGGCUUGAGUACAUCCACUACAACAGCAUGAGGGCUUUUGAGAAUUUGGAGAAAUUAGACUUGAGCGGGAACAGAAUCCAUUCCAUGGCAACAGGGGUUUUCAGAGGUUUAUAUAAACUCAGCCACCUGUUGUUGAAAAACAACAGGCUGCAUGUCAUUGAGGGAGGAUUCUUCUUCAUGCUUCACAGCCUGGAAGCUCUGCACUUGGAAAACAACAACAUUACAAGCAUCGAGGGGGAGGCCUUCGCUUCUCUGCGCAGCCUGAGCCUCCUGUGUCUCAAUGGGAACCAUCUCAAGCACAUCGAGUUCAAAACCUUCUUGAACAUCCAGACCCAGGGCACUCACCUGCAGCUCGCGGAUAAUCGCUGGGUUUGUGACUGCGACCUUCAGAGGGAGUUCGGGAAGAUCUCCAGCAUCCGACACCUGCGCGUGGAUGAUUAUGGCAACAUCAGUUGUUCAGAGCCCGGGCAGCUCCGGGGUGACCUGCUGGUGGAUGUAGAUUCGCAGCUCUGUAUCGCCGAGACUGCCACUGUGCUGGUGAUAACCGGGACGGUGCUGGUGACGGUCAUAGCUGCCAUUGUCAUGGCCGAGAGAAACCGCAAGAAAAACAGUAACAAGACCUGGAAUGACAGCGAGGGGCCCUUGGAUUCCCAGGACAAAUGA